CCGAAUGAGAAGAAGGUCGCACUUGAGAAGAAUUAUUUCCAGAACGUCGCGAAGCGUUUUUUGGUUUACGGAAAAAUAAAAUCCCACCAAGUCUCGAAGUCUGGGCAGAUUUGUCGCGUCUUUAUAAUUACUGAGCAAGAAAGUAAACAAAUAGUAAUUAGUUUAAUUGCUAAAAGCAGUGACGAAAAGCAGUUUUCCCCUCGUUACGAAAAGUGGUUAGCCGAAUACGAAUUGCUGGGUGAAAGUGCCCAGAAGAGCCUCAACGGUUAUAGGAGAUUAGUCCAAAAAGACUCUGAUUCUUUGCGUAAAGGUAGCGAAAGACAGGAAGAAGGGAAUAAACAAAUUACCGUUUUGGAAGAAAAAGUUCGGGAAAGAAUUCUUACCCUCCACGACUGA